AUGCGACUGGCUGGGGUAGCCGCAAGACUAGAAACUUCAGUCAACACUGCGGCAGCUGUAGAAGAUGUGACCUUAAGGGAUGUGACAAUAGCAGAUAUGGAGGAAGGCUAUGUGACAGGAGAUAUGGCAGCAGAGAGUGUGACAGUAGGUGGUUUUAGAGCACCUGCAGUUUCCCCAGUGAAGAUGAGGAGAAAGCAGCAGAGGCAUCAUCCGUAUGAGGAGAAAGUAUCUGCUGCUGCUGCUGCUGCUGCUGCUGCUCUUGGUUAUGCAAGUUUUUCCCCUUAUGCGCCUCGCAAUGUUGCAUCUGCUUCUCCUGAUUCUUCUUCCUCAUCUGCUUUUGCAGCUUCUACUUCCUCCCUUGCCUCUUCCAUGUCUGGCUCUGUCACCGCUACUUCAGGCCACAGCCCCUCUGUCGACGAUGCUGCCGCCACUGCUGCUGCUGCUGCUGCCAUGUUUGCGUCUCCUGGAACAUCAACGGGCACAGCACUGCGUUUAAAAGCCGAGGAGAGAAGUGCAGUGGAAAUGCCGCAGCACCAGAAGCAGCAGCAGGAGCCGGAGCCACUGCCGUUGCAGCAGGCGCAAGAGGAAGGGGAGGAGCAGCAGCAGCAGCAGCAGCAGCAGCAGCAGCAGGACUUGCGUCAGGCAGCAGUAUCUGCACCACCGGGAGCACCGAGAGCCUCUCCCGUGUCUUGGAUGGUGCUGGAGAUGGGGAGGGGUUCGAUGGGGUGUGAAGAGGUUCUCCUGUAUGCGUGCCAGUUCUGCGGCAAGAGAUUCGCCCAGCCGCAGGGGCUGGGAGGCCACAUGAAUGCCCACCGGCGAGAGACUCAACAGCAGGCAACCAUGCCAUCACAGUCCCCAGGCGCACAGGCAGAUCCACCCGGGGCUCUCUCACUAUCUUUCCCCUGCAAACUCUCUCGUCUCCCUUGCACACUCUCUCCUAGUCUCGCCUGCAUACUCUCUCCUUGUCUCGCCUGCACACUCUCUCCUUGUCUCACCUGCAUACUCUCUCCUUGUCUCGCCUGCACACUCUCUCCUUGUCUCGCCUGCACACUCUCUCCUUGUCUCCCCUCACACCGACUAACAGAUCGAGAGGCAGAGACCGUUCAGCAGGCAACCCUUCCACCACAGCCCCCAGGCGCACAGGUGGAUCCACCCGGGAUACCACUUGAUCCUGCUGCUGCUGCUGCUGCUGCUGCUGCUGCUGCUUAUUCUGCUGCCUCUGCUCCUACUGGUGCGGCUACUACAGGUAGUCCUGGUGCUUCACAUAUGCACCCACUAUUCAGUUUCAGCCACGAUGGGAUGGAAUUUUCCAGCCCAGCUGCCUCUGCUCUUGCUGGUGAAAGUAGCACAGAUGCUGGACUUGCUUCACGUAUGCACCCACUGUUCAGUCUCACCCAUGAUGCCAAGGCCUUUUCCAGUGUCACGGCUGCUGCUGCUGCUACUUCUGCUUACUCUGGUGCUGCUGGUUCUAGUGCGUUGCUCCCUCGUGCUGCUGCUGGUGCUGAUGGCGCUGGUGCUUCACGUUGGCAUCCUCUAUUCAGUCUCAGCCAUGAUGAAAAGGCGUUUUCCACUCUCAUGGCUGCUGAUUCCUCUUGUGCUGCUGGUGCUGCUGGCGCUACUGUAUCGCUCCCUUGUGCUGCUGCUGCUGCUGCUGCUGCUGCUGCUGCUGCUGCUGCUGCUGGUGCUGGUGGCGCUGGAGCUUCACACACGUACCCCGUGCACAGUUUCAGCCAUGAUGCAAUGGCUUAUUCUAGCCCCACUGGUACUGCUUCCGCUGGUGCAACUGGUGCUGGUGUGAGCGGCGCUGCUCAUCCUACAGGUGGUUAUCCUGCCUCUACUGGUUUCAGUGGUGGCUCUGCUUACCCACAUGGUGACUCUGCUGCUUUACUCCCCAGCGCUACUGCUGCUUCUGCUGCUGCGGGGGCUUCAUCCUUCAACCUCACAGCCCACCUUCCUUUCAGAUGGAAGAACUCUUACUUGGUGGUGUUGGUGGAGGAGGAAGAGGAGGAGGAGGAGGAGGAGGAGGAGGAGGAGGAGGAGGAGGAGGAGGAGGAGGAGGAGGAGGAGGAAUAA